GUCUUUGCUCCGAUUCCCUUCAACAGGAAUGGUGCGAUUGUUGGUAUACUGCGGAUUGCCUUCAAGGCCUUCUUCGAGUACGUAAGGGAGGAGACUUUCGGGAAAUAUGGCCUUCAACAAAUCCAGCUUGACUGUGCUUUUAUUGCAGAGAUGGUCAGAGACUUCGUGGAGAACGAUGAUGCAAGUGUUCUGGACAGCUUGUUGGACGAAGUCGUUGCUUCUGCCCAGCUGCGGUGCGUCGAGCCAGUGGCCAUGGAUGCGUCAGUGGUCGAAGCCCGCUGUGAGGAGCAGAAGAAGAAGUUUAGCUGCAUGCGGAAAGAGCUCCAUGCCUCAAUGCAGCACUGGUGGGGCAAUCGCUUUGUGGAUCUAUGUGCUGCUGUCGUGGCCGAUGCGUUGGAGGAGUCCAGCUACGGUCUGGUUUCACGCUUGCUCCAGAAGGAUGUGGAUAUCAUCGAGCGCAUUUUGGAGAAAUGUGGGCGGCUCCAGGACUGCUACUGGAUUUGUGCCUUUUGUGUAAACCAACAUGCUAGCAUUUGCGAUUGCAAUCAUCAUUCCAGAGAUUCUCUGACCGCCCAACGAUACCCUGUUUGCGAUUGUGGACUUCCCAAGCAACUUGGUGUACUGAACAGCUCUCCCACCCUGAGAACCCGAUCUCUGCCUAUUUGGACGGGGUGUCUUGCCACAACUGCGACGUUGAGCCGGCCAGGUCUGCCAUCCCAGGAUUUUGUGGUGGAAGGGAUGUUGCUCGACACUUUUGGGGUUUGCAGCCAUGGGGUUUUAACAGUACGGCGGAAUACGGCGGACUAG